AAUUCUUAUUUUGCAGUUCCUGGUAGAUAUGCUUGUGAGAUCAAAAUGGUGCACCAAGAAGAUGCUGGUCUGAAUGUAGAAAUGGCAAAAGUGGCCUUCGCAAAAGGAAUAUGGAAUUACGUGCGCAAGAUGGAUGAUGCCCUCCGUAAAUACUCUGCUGGAAGGCAGCAUCUACUAAAUUUAAACUCUGAUGCGAGCUUGUGUAUCCAAAAG